AACGAUCAACUGUUCCCAGCAUUCGUGUAAAAAUUCAAAAAUAAAAAAAAAUUACUUUUCAGCUCAAAGAACUCUGAAUUUGUCGGCAUGUUUUUGAAGAAGUGCUGCUUCUUUCUGCCUCUGAACGUAGGUUGCACAAUCAUUGGGGCGAUCUUCAUAACUUUUCACGUUGGUGAGCUGAUAACGCAUUCGGAUGACACCAUCUUCAUCAGGCAAGUGUCCCACAAAUGGUGGGCACCCGUCAUCAUGUCUCCGAUCCUAACUAUUGGAACUGUGAGCUCUGUACUGCUGGUGUACGCUGCUUCGAAGAGAAAGCGAGGCUUUGUCCUUGUGUGGAUAAUCGUCUAUUCGAUUAUUUUCCUCAUUUAUGUUAUAAUAGGCAUCGUCGAGUUGGCCACUGCCAAACCCUCCCCGGUUAUAUUGGCCGUUCAGGUGGUCAUCAUAGUUGGUCUGGCUUAUUCCCUGCUGAUAACGGUGGCCUUUUACCGAUAUUUGGGCACUGUGGAUACGGAUGAUUCCAUUUGACGAGUGGCAAAAUAAAUUGUGUCCCAGACUAGAAGUUGAACAAAUUUUCGUUUCUCAAG